AUGCGCGAAGCAGAGACCACCGUAGACUCUUUACUGAAAGAGAUAGAUAAUGAAAUGGAACAAACAAAGUCCAAUGCUAUGCAGAAAACUACUGAAGAUACUUCCCCCGAUUGGAAGCUUCCACUGCAGGAAAUAGGCGACGAAACCAUGGAAAUGCUGGUCAAACAUAAUACUAGGUCGAAUUCUCAUGCGGUGGACAAUAGAGACGGAUCACCUUCUAGGAAAUCUGUCACCCCUAAUGAGAGGUUCGCUUUGAGCCUCUCGGGUGUGAACUCCGACCUUGAAGAGUUCCCGGCAGCAAUACACCAGGAACGGCUAAAAAAUUCGAUUGCCAAUGGCUCUCCUCGCUCCACCACUUCUCCUAAGGUGCUCAAUAAUCUGAAAAAUAUGGCUCACGAUAUAGACGAUCUGACUCGCGAUGAGGAAAGCCCCGCGACACUAAGUGGCUCAUCAUUAAAAUUUACUUUGAAAUCGACGCAACCGCUGCUCUCGUUUCCAGAAUCACCCAUUCAUAAAAGUUCUAUCGAAAUCGAAACGAAUUAUGACGACGGAGAAGAGGAGGAAGAUGCAUACACAUACUUGGCACAGUCACCCCAAAUAUUACACUCCCCGUCAAGGAUUCCGAUAACGAACGCCGUGUCUAUUAAUAAGCUCAAUCUCGAUUUCUCAUUAACUGCCAACGAUUCUGACAGAAGGCUGUCAUCUGAUACUUCGGCAGACAGUACAGAACACGAGCUUGAUACGAGAACAAUUCCAGAACUGCCAUGUUGCAUGUCAUCUACCCCCGAAAUGACCCCAGUAGAUGAGAAAUGCCAUGUUUCAGGUAAUUUACCGCACACGAAAAGGAAAUCGCAUUCGGAUACAAGAUCGCCAACGGCGUCCGUGGAAGAUUUGAAUAUCUCAGUGGGUCUACCAGGGACCGACGAUCAUCCAAGUAACGCAGUCACUACUGAUACAGACGUGCUUAUCAAGAGAGAUUUAGUGAAAGACUUACAACGCAACAGGAAUCAUGUCAAUGAGGCAUUCGUUGAAAAGAAAAUUCUUGGCGAAUGCUGCGAGAAGAAGUCUGUAGAUUUCUUGGGCAAUAAUGACACCAAGUCUAUCGAAGAUCACAAUAACGAAGUAAAUGACAAUAAUCAAGGUAAUUUGCCAGUAAAUGUUGUAGGCUCCACGGAGAGUGCCCCUCUCGAUCACACGGAAUCCAAAUUCAGCGAUAUUGAUAUCCGAGCUGAUAAUGCAUCCGAAACUUUUACAGAUGUUUCGAUAUCUAAAAGGCCAGAGGACGGUCACAUUAACGACUAUAAAGGAGGGGAACAAGAAGACUUGCACCACGAUAAACCUUUUCGGGAAAAUGAUCAUACAAUCGAACAGCCAGCUAUAACUCUCCAAAAGGAUACACCAGAGGAAAGGUCUAUAGAAUUAAACGACGAAAACGAAAUUCCUGGAAAUUCCGAUUUUGGUGAAGUUGACCACAAGAUAGUUCGUGUUGAGGAGAAUCAGCCUGUACAAGGAGUAAAGGUUCUGGAAGAUGGCGGAAAAGCGCAUGACAGCAGAAAUGAUACUGACCAUGGAGAGGACUCUAAGGCGAACGAUACGUCAAUGGAAGGAGCUGCUGAAGAAAAUAAAUCAUCGCCUUUAGGUAAUAACUUUUCGGUGACCACGAACGGUGACGAAGACAAGGACGAAGAAAAGAACGAUGGAACUGAGGAUAAAAAUAUUAGAGAAGAGGAGGAAGGAGAACAGGUGCCACUCUUACCACCUUUGCCUAGGCUGGAAGCAAUUCAAUUCAGUGAGCCGUUUACAGAUGAAAACGAUACCUCCAGUGAUUCCAUUGAUCUAACCAGAUCUAUGAAACCUUCGGAUUACAUUUCUAUAUGGCAUAUCCAAGAAGAAGAAAUCAAGUCUACUUCACCAGAAUCUGUAGCAAAUUCCCAAUUUUCACAACAGUCUUCAAUGACCAACGCAUCCACCAUUGGUUCAAAGAAAGAAAAUGAUUCGACGACUUUUACAUUUAAACCUAGAAUAGUAAGCAGGAGUAGGAUCUAUAAUCCAAAAAACAGAGCACCGUCAUUGAACUAUUACGACAGUGACAAUUAUAUUCUAAGCAACGGUGAAUGGAAUGCGUUGGACCCCAUGAGAAGAAAUACUCUGAUAUCCAAAAAGAUCCAAGAUAAUAUAAGAACUCAAAAGAAACUUACUCCAUCUAUAAGACCAAAUAUUAUGAAGCUUCACAUCGAAAACUCCGAUUUCCAGAAUUAUAUUUUUGAAGAAGAACAAUUGCAGGAGACAGAAGAUGUUUUGUUGAAUGAGCAUGCAAGUGAACAAGACAUUACGACAAAUAUCUAUUCAGUCGAACAAGACUUGUCAACGAAUACCCAGAAUGAGCCUGAGAUUUCCACACGUGAAAUAGAAAACGCGGGUGAUAUAACAUUUAAUAAGAACGAUUUAUUGUCUUUAUCCGUUGAUGAGGAAUUGGGUCAAGAUUUUGCCAACUUCCUAGAUGCACUAGAUCAUGAUUCUACAUCUUUCAACCAUGCACUAGAUGAUGUAACCGGUUCUAAUAGAGACAGUUCGAAGAAGAGUUUCAACUCCCUUUGGGAAAACAAUUAUGAACUGAAACCUCCACCUUCCAUAAGAAACCAAUCUAUUUCACCAGAUGUACUCCAAAUAUUGUUGAAAUCAGAUAGUGAAAAUGAUAGUGGAUUGGAAAAUGAUAAAGAAGAGGGUAUCAGUGCGCCACGAACUGGACUGGGUAUUGGAACGCUGAAAACACCAGUCAAAGAUGUUUCAAUUGCACUAGCUGCAAGCAUUAGAGGGUACGAAGCAAGUUUCAGCGAUACCGAUUUUCAUCCAGAGGAUACGGCCAAUAGUGCAGCCAUGACUUUGAACAUGUUCGACAGCUUCGAAGAAAAUAGUAUUACUCCUUGCACUCCAACUCGUAGUAUAAGUCCAAUAAAGCGUCAUAUUAGUAGUCCUUUCAAAGUUAUCAAGGCUGGAAACAAACAGAAUGGUGAUGAGAUAAAUGUAAAGUCUGAAGAAGAAGUAGAGUCGGUGAAGCGGAUCGAUGUUGGUAGUUUGAAACCAGUUACACCCCCACCGUUAACGCAAACAAAAGAGGAAGUGGGAACCCAACUUCAAGAAUCAGAUGAUGAUGUUGAAGAAGAUUUUCCAGAUAUGGGAACACUUUAUUUGACGGUAAAGGGAAUUUCUACACUUUCAUUAUACGGUACAAAAAGUCAUAGAGCAACGUAUGCGAUUGUUUUUGAUAACGGAGAGAAUGUCAUUCAGACACCCUGGGAAGCACUUCCGUAUGACGGCAACAUAAGGAUUAAUAAGGAAUUCGAGUUGCCCAUAAACUUUGUGAUGAAUAGUGAAUCUUCGUCUGCCAUUUCGAAAGAAAACAACUAUAAAAAAUGCGUUGUCACGUUGAAAUGUAAAUAUAGGAGACCUCAACAUGAAUUGGUAGAAGUCGUAGACAAGGUACCGGUCGGUAAAAGUUUCUUUGGUAAGACAAAGUAUAAAUUUGAAAAGAAAUAUGUGCAGGAAAAAGCUAAGCAAGAUGAUUGGGAUUUUUUAUUUGCCCAAGAUGGUUCAUUUGCCUCUUGUGAAAUCGAGAUUGAUGACGAAUUUUUGAACAAAGUUGCAUUCAGCAAUAAGCGUACGCGUUACGAUAUGAUCAACAAGUGGAGCAGAAUUGCUGACAAUAUUCAUACCUCAAAAAAAUUGUAUGAACUACCACGCAGGGCGCCUCAUAGAGUAGCUUCAUUGGAUGUGGAAGCAUGUUUUCUACAAAGAACUGCCGCCCUCGAACAAUUUCCCAAAAAAUUGACAUUAGUUAACAGGAUUGUUUCCAAAUACAAACUGCAACAAGAUAUUCAUAAAGAAGGUUAUUUAUUGCAAGAUGGUGGUGAUUUAAAGGGAACGAUAGAAAAUAGGCUUUUUAAACUGCAUGGUUCACAAUUGUCUGGUUACCACGAAAUCUCCGGGAAAGCCAAGAUUGAUAUCAACUUACUGAAAGUUACAAAAGUACUGCGUAACGAAGAUAUCGAAACGGAUAAUGAUGGACAAAGGAAUUUCACAGAUUGGGUGUUAUUUAACGAAUGCUUCCAGCUGGUCUUUGAUGAUGGCGAAAGAAUUACAUUCAACGCAGAAUGUUCCAAAGAAGAGAAAAACAGUUGGUAUAAUAAGUUGAAAGAAGUUAUUGACUUAAAUGCUUUUCACCAACCUUGGGUAAAAAAACUUGGUGAAAAACUGCUUAUGUAG